AUUAGAUACUGAUUAGAAAUGAAACGAUAAAAAUUUUACGAAAAAAUAAAGAACAAGGGGCAAAAUAAUACCAUAAGUAUGAAGUGAACACACUAUUGUGGUCGCUAGGAAUCAUGCCAUUUAAAGAAAAUUACGCUGUAUCUUCAGUUUUAUCAUGUCAACUGUCAUUGAUAUUGGGAGCUGCUCAAGGAUUUUCGGGAAUUCUGUUGCCCCAGUUAAAAGAAUCUCUUCAAAUAAACAAAGAUCAAUUCUCAUGGAUAGCGAGCUUAGGGAUAGUUUUCAGACCACUCGGGGCCAUAGUCGAAGGAUACCUAGUGGAUAAAUUUGGUAGAAAACGAACAAUGCAAGCGGUGGCAUUUCUGUUCAUAUUAUCAUGGGCAUUUACUGCACUUGCCAGUGAUGUUAAGUUUUUAUAUGCCAGCAGAAUAUUUUUAGGCUUCACUAUGGGUAUGGUUGUAUGCGUCGGUAUGUACAUCGCAGAAAUCACGAAACCCGCAGAUCGAGGCACAUUUUUAUCACUUAUCACACCCACAAUAAACUGCGGUAUACUAAUGGUGUACCUUUUAGGUUACCUAUUUCACUGGAAAAUCGUAGCUAGCAUACUGAUAGUUUACUCUGUAAUUCUGUUCUUUGCUUUACAUUACGUACCAGAAUCGCACAUAUGGUAUAUGAUAAAAAACAAAAGAACUAAAGCAGCAAACGUCCUAUUAAGUUUUAGAAACGAUAAUGUAGAAGCAGUAAACAAAGAACUGGAUCAAAUUAAAACGAAAAUGUCCAGAUACGAAGAAGGUAGAAUAAGUUUUUUCUUAAAUUUUUUCAAACCUGCAGUUUGGAAGCCAUUUGUCAUUUUUGCUGUAUUUUCAUUUUUCCAACAACAGUCCGGCUAUAACGUAAUUAUUUAUUAUUCGGUGCCAUUUUUCAGUAAUUUAGGGAGUGGUAUAAAGGAUUCGUAUAUGUUGGCGAUAGUUUUUGCGUCGAUUUCAAUUGUGGGAAGUGUAAUUUUAGUACUGAUCGUGCAUAAAUUCAAUCGAGUCACAUUAUUGGUGAUGUCAGGAUUAGGGAUGUCAAUAACGAUGGGAAUAGGUGCCUUAUCACUGACAUUAAGUUUCCUAGAGCCUUAUAAAUGGAUUUCGGUUAUGUGCAUAUUUGUAUACAUUUUCUUCUGUAUGUUGGGAAUGAUCGAUAUUCCUUGGAUGAUGAUAGGUGAAGUGUUUCCCAAUCGUAUGAGAGGUUCAAUGUCUGCGGCCAUAACUGUUGUUAUAUUUUUCAUUUCAUUCGUUAAUAUUAAAUUGUAUACUACGAUGGAUCAGCAUUUAGGCAAGGCUGGAGUCAUGUGGUAUUUCGCUGUUUUAUCUUUAAUUACGGUCAUUUUUGCCAAAAUUUACUUUCCCGAAACGAAAGGAAAAGCUUUAACCGAAAUUGAAGAUAACUACAACAAAUAAAUAUAAAAUAAGUAUAGGUCAAAAACUGCAAGUGAUAGGUAUGGCAAAAAGAUAAUAAUAUGUACUCCCUGAGAACUGAGCAAUGUAGCUCAAAAGAAUGCUAUAGGUAUGCUUUUUAAGUAUAUAGUAAAAUGUGUAGAUAAACUAGAUAUGUAUUUCAAUUCGUAUGUUUUGUGCAUUCCUAAGUUCUAUAUUUAUUGUACCCAUUUAUAAAUUAAUGAAUCAUACAACGAUUUAUUAAAU